CUAAUAUCACGUGAGUUGCCAUAGCUACAGGGACGCUUUGCCACGGUGCGAUACGGGAACAUGUCGGCAAAAGGAGCAUCGGCUGCUUCAAAGAAAAAAGGAAAAGUCAGCAAGACGGAGAAACUGAGGCUUCAGAAAGAAGAAGAGGAAAGAAAACUUCGAGAGGAAGAGGAAGCGAGACUACUAGCGGAGCAGAUCGAGGCGGAGCGGCUGGAGAAAGAGCGCCUGGAAAGAGAAGAGCGAGAGCGCCUGGAGGCCAAGCAACUUGAGCACAGAGCUGAAGAGCUGGAGGAAUUUCGAGUCCUUUUAGAGGAGAAGCUGGUGGCUGCAGAAAUGUGGAAGAGCAAUCUCAGAUCACGUGCGAAGUGGGACCGUUACAUGUUGUGCGAUGGGAAUCCAGACCCAACCGUAGCACAGGAGAUAAACACCUUCCUAAGCCUAUGGGAACAGGGAGACCACGAGGAUAUACAGUCUGUAAUCAGUAAAGGUACCCUGGUGCUAGAUCUCAUACACAAGUUGGAGUUUAUAUUAGGAGACACGCCAGCUCAGGAACUUCAGCAAGAGGAAGCGGCUCAGUAUCAGCAGACGAUUCUGGAUAUGCAGAGAAUCCUUCAGAAGAAAUUCAACUCUGCAACUGAGCUAAUUCUUAAGAAUGCCACAAAUCUGUCUGACAUUGAAACGGGCAACAUGCAGAUGGUUGUUAAAAAUGCAGACGUCACUCUUUGUCUCUGGGCAAAUUUAAACAAGAACCCUAGAUUUAAAGGUUACGAGUUUGUGGAGGAAGCCAUUGGAUUUGAGUUACCAAAGCCGCUAGCUGUGAAGAGUGUAGCUGUGCGCAUCCUACACACUAAUUAUGACCAUCUGUCACACCAGAGUCUCUCAUUCUUUCCCCGGAUAAAAGAAGUGGAGGAAACUGAUCUAUCAGCAGAGAUUACUGAUCCUGAGAACCACGUAGAAGAUGUGAAGACAGAGGACAAUGAUCAGAUACCAACAGGAGAAAAUAUUAUUAUAACAGAUGAGGAAACGAAGUCUGAGGGCAGAAAGAGCGUCCUGAGUUCUUUAUCUGUCCGAGAGGAAACUAAAAGCGUGAAUGGAUCACGCGAAAAGCCUGCAGAAGAGAUAGAAAAAAAAGCAGAAAGCCAGUUUGGCGGUGACACAUCAGAAGGUGUAUCCUCUUUGCCUCUAUUAAACGAUGAUAACCUUGAGGAUGAAGAUGAUGUGGUGGACUUGCGCCAGUUUGCCACACUAGGUGGAGUCUAUUAUUUUGAUCUGUUUGAUCUGCCUCCACAGUGCAAACAAUACAGGGGCUGGACCAUAGUAGAGAUCUUAAGUGGGGGGCUGCAGACACAUCCUUACCCCGAGGACCCUCUGCUUACAAAUACUUUAGGGGUAACACAGCCAGAGAAGGACGGAGAGAUUCAUGCAGCGCCACCUGUUACAGUAUCAUUGCACAUGCGUAACAAUCUUAUAUUUUUUGAAGAACCUCAAGUUGCAAGAUGGGAAGCUAAAAACAAAAACUGGAAAUUUGACAUGAUCUCCCAGAAAAAAUACAACAAUGAACUGAAAGAAUUAUGCUUCAGCAUGGAAGGGUUUUACACAUUUUCCCUGAUUCAGGAUUCUCACCUCAAUAUGCCGUUCCAAUCAUGGGAGCUAAAACCCAAAGGUGUGAACAAGGCUGCAUUGUCCAUCACGUCUGCCUUUACAGAAAUCCAGCUGGAAAUUAAGGAUGACCAGUGUAGCCUGAUAUCUGUCUCUGAUGUAGACGGUGACCUGUCCCAUAUAUUGGGGGUUUGGAUGGCUCCCCUUGCAUUGAAGACGGCCAUGAAAAAUGCUGGGCUGAAUUUCUUUCCUGAAGAAGACUCUAAAAACUAUGUCAGCAUAAACACAAAGAGUGAACAAGUGGAAAAUUUGGCUUAUAAAGAAAUGGCUCUGAUGUCCUCUUCAUUUGCUUUUGGUUGGAGCAAGUGGAAUCAUAACUGUGGAUACGAAGAAAUCAUUGUGAAGGUAAAAGAAGGACUUUCUAGUGAGGAUAGCUGGACCCUUUACAUGCUGAGUGCUCAGAGGUCACAGCGAAUGAAGAUUUCAGAAGCAAGUGAGAAUUUUUCAGAUGAUCCCUAUGACCAUAGCAACUUCCAUUCUACCCUGUAUCACAUAGUGAAAGACUUUUCUAGCCCACAAGCAAUGGAGACUGUCACAAAUUCACAGCAUCAUUUUGUGGACUGCACUUACCAAAUAUUACAAAUGACCAAGGUGCUCACAUACUCUUAAGAAACAAGUUAAAUAUAUAGACCUUUAUUAAACACACAAAAUCAUUCUAAACCAAUAAAUAUUGUUACAUUGAUUCAUGCUUGAA